UGGUCAGGGUGCCCUUGGGGUCCCCGCUUCACCCAACCUUGCCUCUCCCCACUGGUCCUGCGUGACUUCAGCGAACCUCCUGUUGCAACCCUGACAGCCUUCAUGGACUUCUUCAUCUGUACCCACAUCACACCAGGCCUGCCUCCUGCCACCGACACUGGUGGAUUUUAACAGAGUCCGGCUCCAACAGUCUGAGGGAUAGUGAACUGGCCCCCCGAUUAAAAAGUUUGAGGACGCCUGGGAGCAUCUGAUCAAUGAACCAGAAUCUCUGGGCAUCCAUACAGUGAGACGAUGCCACAGACAGGCUGGAGUGUCCUGGCACCAUCAUAGCUCACAGCCACCUCAAACUCCUGGGCUCGAGCUAUCCUCCUGCCUGAGCCUCCCGAGUAGCCAAAGGCCAGGUCUCACAUGGAGGACGAGAUGGUAUCUUCUGCAGAGUUAGGCUUCAACCUGAAGGCUCUUCUGGAAAAGCUGGAUCAGAAUGAACUAAGCAAGUUCAAGUCUCUACUGAAGAGCUUUGCCCAGGAGAAUGAGCUACAGGAGCUCCCCCAGAUGGAAGUAGACAUGGCUGACAGGAAGCAGCUGGUAGAAAUCCUCGUCAACCACUGCCCCAGCUACUGGGUGGAUAUAGUGGUCAUCCAGGCCUUCAGACACAUGAACCGGAGGGAUCUGUGGAUGAAAGCAAAGAGCGAGCUCAGGGAAGCAGCUUUGGCAUCACUUGAUAAAAACAAUGAUAAAAACGAGCCUCCAUGGAUAGGCAUAGAAUGGAAAGAAGACCCAGAAUAUGAAAACCUGGAAGAAAUACUACAGAACUUAGAAAGACAAUCAGAGAGUACAGAAAUACAAGAAGAAGAAGUCAAAAACCUGGGAAAAACAAAAAGAAUCUUGGAAGGAGAAAAGCCAGGUAAAGAAGAUAUUUAUAGAAGUAUAAUGAAAAAGAAGUUCUGGAAACGCUGGAAGGACAACUGGCCUGGACUCAGUGAAAACAUCCAUGAUGUCACCCAGAGAGACAAGAUGCUCAUCCCCUUCUGUGACCCGACGAUGCUUCGAGGGCCAUUUCCACACACAGUGGUGCUACACGGCCCUGCGGGUGUCGGGAAAACCACCCUGGCAAAGAAGCUGAUGCUGGACUGGGCAGAGAAUAACCUCAAUCAGGUGUUCAAAUAUGCCUUCUACUUGAGCUGCAAGGAGCUCAACCACAUGGGCGCGUGCAGCUUUGCAGAGCUGAUCUUCAAGGACUGGCCAGAGUGGCAGGAUGAUGCGGCAGAAGUCCUCGCCCAGGCACAGAAGAUCCUGUUCAUCAUCGAUGGUUUUGAAGAGCUGAGAGUCCCCGCGGGGGCCCUGAUCCAUGAUAUCUGUGGCAACUGGCAGAGGGAGAAGCCAGUGCCCGUCCUCCUGGGCAGUCUGCUGAAGAGGAAGAUGCUGCCCAAGGCCAGCCUGCUGGUCACCACGCGGCCCGAGGCCCUGCGGGAGCUCCGGCUCCUGGUGGAGCAGCCGCUCUUCAUAGAGAUGGAGGGGUUCCUGGAGCCAGACAGGAGAGCGUAUCUCCUGAGACAAUUCGGCGACCAGGACCGGGCCCUGCGCGCUCUGGACUUGAUGAGGGGCAACGCGGCCCUGUUCCGCCUGGGCUCGGCCCCCGCCGUGUGCCACAUCUUCUGUGCUUGUCUGAAGCUUCAGAUGGAGAAGGGGGAGGACCCUGCCCCCACCUGCCUGACCACCACGUCGCUGUUCCUGCGUUUCCUCUGUGACCAGUUCACCCUGGCACCUGGCAGCUGCCCCAGCGAAAACCUGCGAGGGUCGCUGAGGGCUCUGUGUCUCCUGGCUGCCCAGGGCGUGUGGACACAGACGUCGGUGUUUGACGAGGAAGACCUUGGGAAGCUCGAGAUGGAGGAGGAGGACCUCUGUCCUUUCCUGGACAAAGGUGUCCUCCAGAGGGACUGUGAUGGCUGCUAUUCCUUGAUCCACCUCAGCGUCCAGCAGUUUCUUGCUGCCAUGUAUUACAUUCUGGACAGUGAGGAGCAGGAAGAGGCGGAGUGCCACAGGGGGGACAUCGGGGAUGUGCAGAAGCUGUUCUCCAAGGAGGAGCGAGUGAGGAACCCCAGCCUGACCCAGGUGGGGUACUUCUUAUUUGGCCUCUCAAAUGAGAAGAGGGUUCAGGAGCUGGAGUCGACUUUUGGCUGCCGGAUGUCCCAGCAGAUCAAGGAGGAAUUACUGAAAUACAGAGCAAAUCUGGAUGAGAACAAGCCCUUCUCUAGGACCGACAUGAAAGAACUUUUGUAUUGCCUCUACGAGUCUCAGGAGGAGGGGCUGGUGAGGGGCGCGAUGGCCCCCUUCAAAGAACUGUCCCUCCACUUGAAUAAUAAAAUGGAUAUUAUAGACGCUUCCUUCUGCCUCAAGCAUUGUCAGAACCUGCAGAAACUCUCACUACGGGUCGCAAAGGGGUUAUUCCUGGAGGAUGACACUGCAUCGGAACCACACACUCAGCUUGAAAGAUCCCAGGAUGAUCAACACAUACUUUCCUUCUGGACAGAACUUUGUUCCAUUUUUGGCUCAAACAAGAAUCUGACAUUUCUGAAAAUCAGUCAGAGCUUCCUUAGUACCUCAUCAGUGAGGAUUCUUUGUGAACAAAUAGCUUCUGCCACCUGUAAUCUUCAGAAAGUGGUACUCAAAAACAUUUCUCCGGCUGAUGUUUAUCAGAGCUUCUGCCUCACUUUCAGUCAUAACAACACUCUAACAAAUCUGACCCUUCAAGGCAAUGACCAGGAUGACACGUUCCCUUCCUUGUGUGAGGUCUUGAGACACCCAAAAUGUAACCUGCAAUAUCUCAGGUUAGCGUCUUGUUCUGCCACCACUCAGCAAUGGGUCAAUCUCUUCUUGGCCCUGGAAACCAGCCAGUCACUGAUGAGCCUGAUCCUCUCAGACAACCAGCUCCUGGAUAAGGGCGUCAAGUUGCUGCUCACAGCCCUGAAACACCCAAAGUGCUGCUUGCAGAGGCUGUCGUUAGAAAACUGUCACUUUACUGAAGCCUGUUGCAAGAACCUCGCUUCUGUUUUGAUUGUCAAUGUGAGGCUAACACACCUUUGCUUGGCCAAGAACAACCUCGGGGACAGAGGCGUGACAAUCCUGUGUGAGGGCUUGAGUUACCCUGAGUGUAGACUACAGAUCCUGGUGCUGUGGCACUGCAACAUCACCACCGACGGCUGCCAUCAUCUCUCAAAGAUUCUCCAACAAAAAUCAAGCCUAACGCAUUUGGAUCUGGGGCUGAAUCACCUCGGAAUUGCCGGACUGAGGUUUCUGUGUGAGGCUUUGAAGGCUCCAUUGUGUAACUUGAAGUGUCUGUGACCUCAAGUCCAAUCCACUUUGAAGCCCCAUUACCCUCUUCUGGUCAACUAGAAUCUGGUCUCGUACCUCCCCCAGACUGGUAACAUCCAGGUUGUUCUGUAGCCUUCAAAUUAGUCUGUAUUCUGCUCUCUUUGUGCCCCUACAGUUUUCCAAUUGAGUGGUAAGAAUAAAUGUCUUGUUUUGUUUUGUUUGAGACAAAGUCUCACUCUGUCACCCUGAGUAGAGUUGCCAUAGCACUCUGUGUGUUAUAGCUCACAGCAACCUCAAACUCUUAGGCUCAAGUGAUCCUCCUACCUCAGCCUUCUGAGUAGCUGGAACUACAGGAGCCCAUCACAAUGCCCAGCUAUUUUCAGAGACACAGUCUCACUCUUACUCAGGUUGGCUUUGAACUCCUGAGCUCAAGGGAUCCUCCCAACUUGGCCUCCCAGAGUGCUGGGAUUAUAGCGUGAGCCACUAUGCCCUGAAAAACAAAACAAAACAAAUAAAAAAACCAGAAAACCUCCUGAGACAUAGCUUCUACUCUCUCUCCUCAAAACCCACAAUACUGCCCCAUUUCAAUUCAAGUAAAAUCCGAAGCUUACAAUGGCUUAAGGGUCGUCUUUUUUUAUUAUUUAUUUUUAUUAUUUUAUUAAUUUAUUUUUGGAGACAGAUUCAUUAUAUCUCCCUUGGUAGAGUGCCCUGGCAUCACAGCUCACAGCACAUCAAACUCCUGGGCUUACGUGAUUCUCUUGUCUCAGCAUCCCAAGUAGCUAAGACCACAGGCACCCACCACAAUGCCCAGCUAUUUUUUGUUGCAGUUGUCAUUGUUUAGCAGGCCUGGGCCGGGUUCGACCCUGCCCACCUCAGUGUAUAUGGCUGAUGCCCUAACCACUGUGCUACGGGCACCAAGCCUAUUUAUUUAUUUAUUUUUGAGACAGAGUCUCACUUUGUCGCCACCAAUAGAGUGCCAUGGCAUCACAACUGACAACCUCCUCAAACUCCUGGGUUUAAGCAAUUCUGUUGCCUCAGCCUCCCCAGUAGCUGGGACUAUAGGCGCCUGCACAAUGCCUUGCUAUUUUUAGAGACAAGGUCUUGCUCUGGUUCAGACUGGUCUCAAACCUGUGAGCUCAGGCAAUCAACCCACCUCAGCCUCCCAAACCUGGGAUUACAGGUUUCAGCCACAUAGCCUAAGGGUCUUCUAUGAGUUGGCCCCCUUUUGCCUGUGACCUUGACUCUUUCAGCCCUCCCCAGCUCAUUCUCAUGCUUAGAGCCUUGAUCUAUUUUCCAAGAUAAACAUGUUCAACCUGAAGGCCUUUACACAAGCUGUUUUUCUGCUCAGAAAGCUCCUAGUCCAGAUCUCUGUGGUUCGUUCUUUUCACACCUCAAGACUUCUUUGACCAUUGAAGCUAGCACCCCUGGCUACUGCCUUCUUCCCUUUUCCUUUAUAACCUUCACUUGUUUUUGGCACAUGACACUCACUAUCUCCUAUUCUCCUAUCAGGAGAUAAACUCUGAGGCAGACAUGUGUGUUACCCACUUGCCUUCCCAAACCCAAGUCUGUGCCUGGCAGAGAGGAUGGUAUCACUCAGCAUCGGCUGGAUUAAUGAGUUAAGUUCUGUGUUUUGCCAACAAGGUUGUGGGGAUGCUCCAUCACUACCUUCAGCUGUGAAGACCUCUCUUCUGUUCUCAAGAGCAACCAGAGCCUGGCCACCCUGGACCUGGGCCAGAACUCCUUGGGGUCCAGUGGAGUGAAGAUGCUGUGCAAACCCUUGAA